AUGCCUGACAGUCAGAUUUUCAAGGCCACUUAUAGUGGAAUACCAGUGUAUGAGAUGAUGUGUAAAGGAGUAGCCGUUAUGAGACGGCGGUCGGAUGCCUGGCUUAACGCGACACAAAUUCUCAAGGUUGCUGGAUUCGACAAGCCACAACGCACUCGUGUUUUAGAACGUGAGAUUCAGAAAGGAGAGCACGAGAAAGUGCAAGGUGGGUAUGGCAAAUAUCAAGGAACUUGGAUACCUCUUGAGCGUGGACACUCUCUGGCGAAACAAUACAACUGCGACACCCUCCUCAAACCGAUUAUUGAAUUCCAACCUGCUGCAAAGAGUCCUCCCUUAGCUCCUCGGCACCUCGUUUCCAGCGCCCCUUCGAAACAAACACGCCGGAACGAUGUUACAGCAACUUCAGUAAAUACCAGGUCCUCACGCAAACAACCUCCCACAGUUGACUCCGAAACGGAACAAGACACCUUGUCUGUGCGUGGGUCGGAAGAUGGCUCCAUGUCACCCGCACCGUCUGAAGCCUCUUCGAGUUCUCGCACUCCUUCCCCUAUCCAGAGCCCCAAUCCUCAUGAGAAUGGCGCCCAUCGUAAAGGUAAACAUCGUUCCGAUGACCCCUAUGAUGGUCUGUACAGGGAUGAUGGUUCACAACUCAACGGAGCUCGCAAUCCCCGCGCGUAUGGCGACCAGAUACUGGAGUACUUCAUCUCGGAUACCAAUCAGGUUCCACAGAUCCUCAUUUCUCCACCUCCUGAUUUUGAUCCAGAUAUUGCCAUUGACGAUGAUGGACACACUGCACUUCACUGGGCCUGUGCUAUGGGACGGAUACGAAUCGUGAAGCUCUUGUUGUCAGCUGGCUCGGAUCUCUACAAAGUUAACAAAGGAGGGCAAACCCCAUUGAUGCGUAGUGUCAUGUUCGCCAACAACUACGAUGUCCGAAAAUUCCCAGAACUCUAUGAACUCCUUCACAAAUCCACACUGAAUAUUGACAACUACAACCGUACCGUGUUUCACCAUGUAAUUGACGUGGCAAUGUCUAAGGGCAAGACCCAUGCAGCUCGUUACUACAUGGAGACCAUCCUUACCCGAUUGGCGGACUACCCGAAAGAGCUGGCGGACGUCAUUAACUUCCAGGAUGCCGAUGGGGAAACGGCCUUGACCAUGGCCGCUCGCUGUAGAAGCAAACGUUUGGUUAAGCUGCUAAUCGACCAUGGUGCAGAUCCUAAGGUCGCCAAUCUAGAUGGGAAGAGUGCUGAGGACUACAUCCUCGAGGACGAGCGUUUCCGUUCUUCGCCGGUGCCGAUCUCUCGUGCCGCGGCGAUGUCUUUUCGGAACGCACAGGCGGCGUUUCCCUCCGGUCAUGGUUCGACAAGCUACUCCUUAGCUCCCGGUAAUGGCGAUCGUCCUCCUCUUCAUUACUCAGUCGCCGCACAACGAGCUAGUACGCGUUGCGUCAAUGACAUGACGAGCAUGUUGGAUAGCUUAGCUUCUUCUUUUGAUCAGGAACUUCGUGACAAAGAACGGGAUACAACUCAGGCACACGCGUUACUCAACAAUAUCCAGGCGGAGAUAUUGGAGAGUCAGCGGACGGUGGCAGUUCUGCGAGCUCAGUCAGACAAUCUCGUGCACACGCAGCAGACACUCGUCAAUUUCGAUUCAGAACUGCACUCCAGAAUGGGCCGUAGAUAUCGGUUGGGAUGGGAGAAGUGGGUCAAAGAUGAGGAAAACCGGGAGCGAGUUAUACGAGCUGCAGCUGGAGGUCAGCUAAGUUUGACCCCUGCUACGGCCACUUUUCGGGUGGAGGACGAAGAAGCGGGAGAGCCUCAAGAGAAUGAUAGACCAAAAUCCAAAAGAAAAGCUUAUACUCAGUCAGAGGACAUCUCUGAUUUGAUAGCUUUGCAUUCAGACUGCCCCUCAGAUCCGGAAGCUUUAAAACGUGCUUGUGGUUCAUUACGAGAGGACAUUGGUCGUCAUAGGAAACGCAGAAAAGAGCUAUUUGACGAGCUCGUCACCUUUCAAGCUGAGGCAGGAACCAGUGGAAGGAUGGCAGAUUAUAGAAAAUUAAUCGCUACCGGUUGUGGGGGUCUUCCGCUCUCCGAAGUUGACUCAGUCCUAGGUUUAUUACUUGAGACUUUGGAAUCUGACGAUCCUAGCUCAUCCACCACAGCGUGGGGUUUUCCGAAAGCCCCUUCUGGAUGA